UGCCGGAGCCUCGGCCACAAGGCUGUCUGUGUCUGUGCGCCACGCCGAGGGGGUGGGGGAGAGAAGAAUGGACCAUCCAGUCUACCAGGGAAAGAUUAACAGAGAGACAGGCGAGAAACUUCUGGGCAGGAGCGGCAAGGACGGCAGCUACCUGCUGAGGGACAGCGAGUCGCUACCCGGAGUGUUCUGCCUGUGUGUACUAUGUUCCGGGGUGGUUUACACAUAUCGUGUGUUCAAGACGCCGUCAGAUUCGUGGACUGUUGAAACAGCGCCUGGAGUCCAUAAGAGAUUGUUUCGAAAGGUGAAGAAUUUAAUUGCUGCCUACCAGAAGGAAGAUCAAGGUUUAGCGAUACCCUUAUUGUACCCAGUGUGCAAGCAGAAAGGUACUGUAAACGAGGAAGAUUAUCAAAUGAUGAAAAGUGCUGAAUGAUGCCUGCGUUUUUUCAAUAUCAACCUGAAUUUUGACUGAAUUCACCAGUAGUGUUUUAUGUCAAAGUACAUUGCACCAGUCAAUUUGCAGACAUCUUCACUGAUCAUUCAUUGACUGUCAGACCCACUAUUCAACAAUAUCAUUUUCAGUUUUUUGUUUUUAAUUUCAGAGUACCAGAUGCUUAAUAUGCAAUUAGUCCUUUCCAAAAUAAGUUUGAAGAAUAUACUCUGUCUUCUAUCUGUAUACUCUACGAAAAAAAGGAAUCUUAAUUUUCCAUGUAUUUAUUUAUUUUUGCUUCAAACCUGUUUGAGAAGGGACGUC